GUAAGAUCCAUUUUGAAUGUUUUGUGUGUUUGUGAAAAUCCCUCCAUGUAUAUACUUGUACUUUGUUCCUAUUGAUUCCCUUAGUUGUACAUUGUUGUAUUUUGAUUACAUUUGAGUUGUUAAUACUUGUAUUUUUUAUUAUAGUUUUUGUUUUCUUACGCAUUCACUAAGUUUGUGUUUCUUCCUGAACUGCAUCUGUGUUGUUUUACUUGACACUUGUUCUUGGCGGUAGCCAUAUUGAAUUGUUCCUCCUGUUGUGUGUGAUCUAUCCAGCCAGGAUAGAAUAACGUUGAUUUGUUGUGAUUGAUUUGAUCAAUUGAACAAUUAUUGGUUGGAUAGCUGAGUGGUUAUAUUUGUUUAGGUAAUAAUGUACACUUAAAUUUAUGAUAAAUUAUAGAACCGCUAUCUUACCUAAUUACUUUAUUUUGGUUUCAAUCGGGCGAGGGCGCGUAUCUAACUCAUCCAGACAGCUGUCCAGCAGUCCAAACGUAGUUUGGAUCUUACAGUUCUAAACAAAUAUUUGGUCGAAUUCGUUUGGCUUUCGUUUCGUUGAUUCCAAUCAUCGUCUCUGGGAAUAUCUGGUCGUUCGCUUGCGACGCCAAACAAUCGUCGAAGGAAAUUAAGUCCAAGGCUCGUGGAUGUUAAAAGAGGUGAACAAAAGGAUGGAUCCCCUCAGUCAAGGCAAGUGCCUUCUGAUGCUUCUAUGUGUCAUGGUUCAUAUUCUAAUAGGGACGAUUGUAAUUAUAGUGAAUCUAGUUGUGAUAUAAUGGCAGAUGGCAUAGAAAACCUUAAUUUAGACUUGAAGCAAGCAAAAAGCGUAAGGCCUACGGCGUUUUCAUAGGUCCAGAGUUACCAAAGGUUGAGUUAAGUUAUUUCGACGGUCAACCAAGAGGUUACUGGAAGUUUUUAAGGGAGUUUGAGACCUAUGUGGAAUCAAGGGUCAAGGAUGAUGGUCAACGCUUGCUUUAUUUGAUACAUUAUUGUAAGGGUAAAGCGAAAACAGCCAUUGAGGGUUGUGUUAUGUUGGAAGCCUCUUUUGGUUACAAGAAGGCCAAGGAAAUUCUAAAACGGUUGUUCGGACAGGCGCAUGUAAUCGCUCGGGAGACUUUAGAGGACUUAUUCAAAACUACAAAUGUUGAUUACAGUGGUCCUGAGCAACUAACAAAUCUAGCUAUUAGGAUGGAAAAUUGUUCUAUGGUUUUGAAACAGAUGAAGUACACUGCCGACUUAAAUUCUCUAAUUACCUUAGAGAGAAUAGCAGGACUCUUACCUCAAGUUAUGCAAGCCCAGUGGGCGGACUGGGUGGAUGAGUUGACUGAAGAUAAUAGAGAACCAACCUUUGACGAGCUUACUCAAUUUAUAGCAUUCCGCGCGAGAGUAGCUAGUAGUAGGUUUGGACGGUUAGCGAAUCGUCCGAGAAAGGGACACAACUUAAAGACAAAUUGUCACUUGCAAUUGGAGCGGGAGAAUAAUUUAAAAGAGAAAGCUAAAUGCAGUGUGUGUUCCCUGGACCAUGCUAUUUAUAAAUGUCCAAAAUUUUUAGCGCUUACCGUUCAAGAGAGAUGGUCUCACGCGAAGGUUAAUGGCAUCUGUUUUGUCUGCCUUAGGCAAGGGCAUAAAGUUAAUGAAUGUAAGCUGGAAAACGUUGUAACGUUAAUAGUUGUGAGAAGAAACACCAUUCUUUGCUGCACAGCGAAAGUGAUAAACCUGGUAUCCCGAAUUGUUGUGGAUUUACUAAAUCCCUAAGUAGCCAAGUGUGCUUAGGAAUGAUUCCUGUACGUUUGGUGUUGGGAAAUGCCGAAAUGGUGGGUUAUGCUUUGUUGGAUAACGGGUCUGAUGUAACGUUGAUAAAAUCGAGCUGUUUGAGGUAUCUCGGGUUGAAGGAAGACCGAGCGUCAGUGGUAGUAGAGACUGUGAGUGGUAAUAGGACAAUGACGGUCACAAAGACUCCUUUUGAGGUGUAUUCUCUAGAUCGGUCUGAACAUGUUACGAUCGAAGGGGCUCUGAUUGUCGCAGAUAUUCCAGGUCACAAGCCAACAAGGUCGGCAGUGAACAACUUAGUUAAAUGGCCACAUUUAAGGGAUGUACCAAUAGGCAACCUAGACUCUGAAGAAGUUCUGCUGUUGAUUGGUUGCGAUGUACCAGAGGCACACUGGGUGUUAGACCAGAGGUUGGGUGGAAGAAAAGGCCCGUACGCUGUGAAGACGUUGUUGGGGUGGACGGUCUUCGGACCUGCGUCAUAUCCGGAAUACAGGAAAAGAGUUGUCAAUCAUACCAGUAAGAUACAGGCUUUGGAGAACGAAAUACGUAAACUUUAUGAUGUAGAGUUCUCUGAUGUUUAUUCAAAUGAUAAAUCAGUAUCAAUAGAAGAUAAGGCGGCUAUAAGUAUUGUAGAAGGGGGCACACGCUUCGAAAAUGGUCAUUUUGUAGUCCCUAUACCAUGGAAGGGGAACCCAGAUAUGAAAGGGGGAAUUAUGAAGUGGUAAACAGUAGGCUACAGAGUUUGAAGCGUAGAUUGUUGAAAGAUGACAUUCUGUAUAUCAAGUAUACAAAAGGUAUUGAAAGUAAUUUUAUUAAGGGCUAUGCGGAGAAAGUCCCUGAAAUACAAGUGCAACCUAGUUAUCGACCCCGGUGGUAUUUACCUCACCAUGCAGUUUUAAACCCGAAAAACCGGAAAAACUGAGAGUGGUAUUUGACUGUGCCGCCAAGUUUGCAGGCGUUUCUCUAAACGAUAUGAUUUAUCAGGGUCCCGACACAACUGCGGAGUUAGUGUGUAUACUAUUGCGUUUUCGCAAGGAAGCGGUCGCAAUCUCUGCGGAUGUGGAAGAAAUGUUCAUGCAAGUAAAGGUCCCUGAGUCUGAUCGAGGAGCCUUAAGAUUUCUGUGGUGGCAAGAGGGAGACAUGGCGAGGGAACCAUCCGAGUUUCAAAUGACAUCUCAUCCAUUUGGUGCUACAUCAUCGCCGUUUUGCGCGAACUUCGCCUUGAAUAAGACGGCACAAAUAUUCUCUGACGGUUAUGAUGGUUAUGUCGUAGAUGCUGUUAAGAAUAAUUUCUAUGUUGAUGACUGCUCGGUAUCCUUUCCCACUUGUGAUCAAGCAAAGAGUUUCGUUAAGCAGAUAAGUGAAUUAUUAUGUAGAGGAGGUUUUAAACUAAAGAAAUGGGUUACUAACUCGGAGGAGGUAAGGACCAUCUUGCCCGAUGUAUGUAAAGAAGAGUCCUUGAUAGAAAUGUCAGCGAGUUAUGACACUACACAUCGAACUCUAGGAGUAGAGUGGGAUUUUAAACGAGAUGUAUUCAAGUUUUACUUCGAUGCGCCUGAAAGGCCUCUGACUAGGAGAGGUAUUCUAUCUAUAGUUUCUUCUCUGUUCGAUCCUUUGGGUUUAAUUGCUCCAGUCUGUCUUACUGCCAAGGUUCUCUUGCAAAAACUAUGUAAGUCUCAAUUAGGCUGGGAUCAGCCUCUCAACGAGCCAUACGUGUCGGCGUGGCUAAAUUGGGUAAACUUUAUGCGUCAAAUAGGUCAUGUUACGGUAGAUAGGGGUAUCAAGAAGAGAAUUGACGAACCCGACGCGGAAGUAGAAUUGCACCUGUUCAGUGACGCUUCGGAGAUCGGUUACGGAGCAGUCGCGUACGCUCGAGUCAGUUAUUUGAAGGAACAACCCUACUGUAUUUUGUUAUACAGCAAGUCUAGGGUAGCACCUAUCAAACAGAUCACUAUACCGAGGCUAGAGAUGGCAGCGGCAGUGUUAAGUGUGAGGCUUAGCGAAGUCUUACGGAGAAGUCUGCCUAAUUUUUUCUGUAAGGUAAACUUCCAUACAGAUUCCAUGGUAGUAUUGUACUACAUCAAGAAUAUCGAGAAUCGCUAUAGCACCUAUAUAGCUAACCGUCUCGCCAUUGUGCAUCAGUAUACGAAGAUUGAACAAUGGAGUUAUGUAAGGUCGUCACAGAAUCCAGCUGAUUGGACCUCGAGAGGUAUACAAAAAAUGUCAGAUCUUGAGCUUUGGUUCAAAUGUCCUACUUUACUGCAUGGCGAAUUUUGUACAGCAAUCACUGACUGUCCGGAACCUACUCCUGACGAUAUUGAGUUUAGAAAAACUGCCGUGGUUAACUUGAGUAGUAUAAGGUACAACAUGUCACCUAUUCUCGCUUAUUAUUCUGAGUGGUUGAAAUUAGUCAGGGCCGUAGCCUGGCUUAGAAGGUUCAUAGAAUUUCUGAUGGUGCUUCGUUCACCGAGUCAUGAAGGAUCCGUUCAUCUAGGGUGUUUAAAGGUCAAAGAACUUGACGUCGCCAAGCGUAAAAUUUUGUUGAUGGUUCAGAAAGAAGUGUAUGGAGAAAUACUUAGUGGAUUUAAAACCAAUGGUAAGGUAGUUAGUCACAAUGAUCUGAAGGGCUUAUCACCGAUAAUGCUUGAUGGUUUACUCUGUGUUGGAGGCCGACUAAGCUACUCAGAUUUCUCAAAUGCCUUUAAACAUCCAAUAAUAUUGCCCAGUCGACACUUAGUGACAGAAAUGAUAAUUAGACAUUAUCAUAAGGAACAAGGGCACACAGGAACGUCACAAGUACUGGCCACGAUUCGAAAAAGGUAUUGGAUAAUAAAAGGAACCAGCACGGUUAAGAGAGUGAUAGGAAAGUGUGUGACAUGCCGGCGGUAUACGAUGGUUACAGGGCAACAAUUGAUGGCACCACUUCCAGCUUGUAGAGUGCAACAAGGAUGGUAUUGCUUCUCAGCCGUGGGAGUAGACUACUUUGGACCCCUUUUUGUCAAAAGAGGAAGAUCACUAGAAAAAGAUAUGGGUGUGUAUUUACUUGCUUGCAAACCCGAGCAGUUCAUAUUGAAAUGACACAUAGUUUGAAUACUGAUUCGUUUAUAAUGGCCUUGCUACGUUUCAUUGGAAGAAGAGGGAAACCUGCAGAAAUUUACAGUGACAAUGGGUCGAAUUUCGUGGGUGCGGUCUCUGAACUAAAGAGAUUUGUGCAACAGUUGAAUCAGCAAAGGAUAGACAAGGAACUGUCAGCUAGGCAGAUUCAGUGGCAUUUUAACCCGCCCUCAUCCAGCCACAGGGGUGGGGUUUGGGAAAGGAUGAUUAGGUCUAUACGUAGACUGUUAUUGUUGAUAACUAGAGAACAGACUUUAACUGAUGAGACCUUAAGCACUUAUUUGAUUGAAGUUGAAAGGAUAUUGAACGAUCGACCCUUAACUCCAGUCGUCCAAGAUGCUAACGAUCAACUAGCCUUGUCGCCAAACAGUCUGUUAUUAUUGAGAGAAUGUGACGGAAUAGUCGAAGAAGGUAGCAUCAGAGAUAAAUAUGACAAACGAUGGAAACAGGUUAAUCAUCUUGCUAAUGUGUUUUGGAAAAGGUGGUUAAGAGAGUAUUUACCGUCUUUACAGAAGCGUCAAAAAUGGUUAGUUGAACAUCGCAAUUUUCAGAAAGGUGAUGUAGUGAUCGUGGCUUCGGACAUAUCGACCCGUGGAAAGUGGCCCUUAGGAGUAGUUGAAGAUUGUAAAAUAGAUGACGACGGAAGAGUUAGAACAGUGGUUGUUCGUACGAACGGUGGAUUAGUCAGAAGAGAUAUACGUAGAUUAUGCCUCCUGGAAGGCACGAAUUAAUUCCUCGCGUAUCAAUGUAAGUAGGUCGAGUAGGCGUACUGUUGUAAGUCCUACUCGUUCCUGUAGUGCGAUAUGUUAUAUAAUGAACCAUGACCGUAGACAUCAAGGUAGCUUGUGUGGUAUGGAGGGAUUUUGGGGGCCGGUGUAAGAUCCAUUUUGAAUGUUUUGUGUGUUUGUGAAAAUCCCUCCAUGUAUAUACUUGUACUUUGUUCCUAUUGAUUCCCUUAGUUGUACAUUGUUGUAUUUUGAUUACAUUUGAGUUGUUAAUACUUGUAUUUUUUAUUAUAGUUUUUGUUUUCUUACGCAUUCACUAAGUUUGUGUUUCUUCCUGAACUGCAUCUGUGUUGUUUUACUUGACACUUGUUCUUGGCGGUAGCCAUAUUGAAUUGUUCCUCCUGUUGUGUGUGAUCUAUCCAGCCAGGAUAGAAUAACGUUGAUUUGUUGUGAUUGGUAAAUUUCUUGCAUCCUUUAUCAACUUUCUUAUUUAUUGUAAUUAGAUUUGAUCAAUUGAACAAUUAUUGGUUGGAUAGCUGAGUGGUUAUAUUUGUUUAGGUAAUAAUGUACACUUAAAUUUAUGAUAAAUUAUAGAACCGCUAUCUUACCUAAUUACUUUAUUUUGGUUUCAAUCGGGCGAGGGCGCGUAUCUAACUCAUCCAGACAGCUGUCCAGCAGUCCAAACGUAGUUUGGAUCUUACAAGAUACUGACUCAAGCUGUAAACGUGAAUGACAAAACAGCGAUAUCGCUGCUCGCUAACGGUGGAAGAAUAUUGUGAUAAUUAGGAGUAUUUGCAUUAUAGUACAAACUAGGGAUCACAGAAAUAACGCGAUUAGAUCAAGAAGUAUAAGAUAAGCACGAACGAAUGUACUGUAUAUGGAAUUCCGAAUCAAGCAUUCAGCAUGUACAAAGGAAUCAUUAGUUCAUUCAAACACCACAAAUAUCUAGAUUGGUAAUAUCCUCAGUCGUAUGAGUGGUUACUAAGUCUAAAAAAAGAAGAUCCCUGGUUAGAAACAAAAUGUAUGGGUUUGGAUACAUACUGUACCAAAGGAUGCGCUAGUGCCGUCAUCAGGGGCCUCCUACCGAAAGAAUAUACAGAUCCCACGGUAGCCAUCUCGGUCCAACUAAUAUCAGGUGUAUUAAAGUGUUAUUCGCGCUCCAUAGCUGAAUGUGUCCUAAAAAAGUCGUUAGCUAAGCAGAUUGGGCCAUGAUAGAUGACACCGAGUAUAAAUGUAGAAUGUCUAAAAGUGAGCUCACAGCCAAUGACAUCACAAGUCCCACUAUCACGGGACUCGCGAGCAAAGGAGAAGAUACUUAUAUUGUUGCCUAUGCAUAAAAAGACGCCACCUACUUUCCGACAUUUAUGUCUAUCACUUCUUAGGUAGUGGUAUUUGGAUAAUUCUGGGGUAAUGCUGUAGUCGUGGACUAACCAAGUUUCCGUCGAGACUACAAUGAGUGGCCUUAAUUUGUCCACUAAUGCAACUAGUUAGUAAAAUUUAUUUCUCAGACUACGAGCAUUUGCAUAUAAAACACCUAAAGAGAACGACCUGUCCACAUAGGCCUUGGUAGCAUUCGCUUUCAAGAACUGACUAUUAGGAAACCCACUAAGCAGAGAUUCCCCUCAUCACUUUGUCGACGGGUCUCUAGUUCGACUAGUACCACCCUUCUUUUUAUUCCAUUUUCCAGAGACAUAUCGGGUCUUACCCGAAUGUUAGUAAAGUUGUGACAGCGAGCGCUGCUUAACAGAAGACCACGUUGCUUCUCCAACCCUAAGAUUAACUUGGGGAAACUAUAUGGUCAGAUUCAACAGUGUCGUCGGCCCUCUUACCUAUUCUUACCAAUUUUUUGGCCUGAACUCUUUAAGAGUCUACUAAUAAAAUGCUACGGAUAAAUUCUCUGAACUUUUCCAAAUCGUGUCUAAUUUCAGGAUUAGGGUCGUUUGAUUCUAGUGAAUUACGAUAACAUUCGAUGAGAUUAAGUUUUUACCAGCCACGAUAGAGUGAUAUACUGUCGCACUAUCAGAUUUGGUAGUGUAUCACGUGGCUCAGAAUGGGAGUCUACCAAUGACUUGCUAAUCAAGUGGUUGCCGCUCAUAGCAUCUUUCCUUCACUUCUUUGUCUGUAUACUAUCAUUCAGUUUUUGUCAAAUAGGACAGGCACAUCUGGACUAUUACAGACGGUGACGAUUUUUGAUGAAGUUUUUUAUCUGAGCUGGAUGGUUUGGUCGUGGAGCUCUAAUCGUUCUUCUGAAUGAUAUCAUCAGCACAAACUUCAGAUAGAAGGGAAGUGUUCGAAUUUCUCGACAUGUGGUCCGCAGAAUGUCCUGUACACCUCGAUGUUGAUUGGUUCUUGUUUCACUCGGGUCUUCAGUAUCUACUGUGGAAGCAUGACUACCCACAUCAAUAUCAAGUGGCAAUUUACUCCUUGUAAAUUUCAACAGAGAUUUCGCCGUUCCGUCAAUUACGGUUUGGUGUUUAAGUCAUCCUGUAACAACACAUACUACACUGAUACAUUCUUCACUGUUAGUAUUCUUGUUAACAGAGCAACACCAUCAUUGUCGUUACAGGCCAAAGCCAGGAGACACAUAGACCUCUGACUCAGUAACGUUUUACUCGUACAGUAAAACAUACAAAACUGGUACAUGUCCAAUGGUACUACUUUUUACACUCAUCACAUUACAUUCCUUCCUCCACGGAGAAUAAACAAUUUGGAAUUGCCAACAACUGCAAUCAGAUUAAGAUGGCUUAAUAAUAAUAAUAAUAUGGUAAUAACCAUCAUAUAAGCACAAGUGUCAGAAUCAACGAGAAAGAAUGUACCAUAAGACAAAGUUAAACAAUAUUUCAAACCCGAACCGAAAUAUUUCAGCUAAAAGCAGACUAAGAAUUCUUUUUGUUGCAAAACGUACAAAAAACGAAGUUAAACACAAGUGCUAAAUCGCUGUCUUUUUUUGAAACACGCGCUCAAUAUAUGUGAAUCCCUUCACUAUUGUCUUCGCUUUUUUCGUUCGUCUUACUACCUUCACACCUUCUCCUUUAAACUUUGUCUUUGAGUUUUUCUACUUUGCUUCGGAAGCACUGUGUCAAUAAAUAAAGGUGUUACCGGCUGUGUUAGACCUUAGGAUCAGUGAAAUGUCUCUGAGCCCUAAUCAAGUCUUCUGGCAACUGGGUCACUGAAUGUCGAAUAGUUCAUUGAACGCCAUCAAGGUCAAGAACAGUCAGUUACUUGCAUGCCAUGGACUGAUCCAUGCCGUGGUGGUCUCAACUUCUCCGAUUGUAUCCACUUUUACUAAUACAUUCCUGUGAUAAUGUCCUUUGUGUUAUACGGUAUUCAAAGCAGCCACAGUGUCUUGAUACGAUGAUGGGUUCCCCACCAUCUACGUUGGGUGUUGGCCGUGAGGUGUAAGUUUGAAGUUAGCUGUUGGUUACACCAUCCCCGUCUAACUCGAGUAGGC